UUUUGGCGGUAUCACGCUGGUCAGCGGGCUUCUAGAGAUACGUUACCCAUACUGAUAGUAUUGAAUGUUUGAACUUAAAUAUAGAUGUUUAAACUUAAAUAAAGAUGAACAACAUGAACAAGUGUUAAGGUGAUCAAUCGAAAACGAUAACAGUCAUGAACUUUUGGUUAUAAUGUUUAAACUUCCUUGUUCAGAAAAAUGAUGGGCGCAAGCUUGGAGAAUCCACUUACUGCAAUGUAAAGAAACGGUUUACGUGGACGAGAUCAGCAAGAUCAGGGCGAUAAAAGUACUUUUAUUGUUACCCUUGAGCGAAAGGAGCAAAACGGAAUAUGGAUAACGUCAAUAAACGUGUGGAUAUGUUUGAAAAACUGUCCCGAGAACAAAACAUUCCGAAUGAGGUCGUUAAACUUAAGACUAAAACAACAAACCGCCCCGGAAAAGCAGUUCAACGGCGUAUUUCGAUGUUUGAAAAUAUGUCUGACAAACAGAAUAUUCCAACUAACGGAUUGAAAUCACAACCAAAGUUUCAGAAUGAAGAUGAAAAGACAAACAAAUUCAUUGAAGAAUGUUUUGCCGACAAGACGAAGUGUCCGUUCGACGGUCGACUGAGACGACUUAACAUAAAGGAAAUAGACCACAUAAUUGCAUUUUGCGAUGGUGUUCAAAUUCAGAAAGGGAGAUUUGCAGAUGAUUUGUGUGGGUCAGUCCACUACAACUCAAAAAGUCUUCCAGGACUUAAUAUCCCUGUUGCAUUAAAAGACAUACAGACCAAGAAUGUCGACGCCAAAAACUCAAUGAAGAAUGAAGAAACGGCAGCAAUUCUACGACAUUUCGCAGUUGUGCCAACUUUUGCAAAGUAUAAAAGUCCAGAUGAAAACAGAAUAUGUUUCUUGUCAGCAUUUAUGAUAAAUGGUGACUUGGAAGAAGUUUUAAAAGAUGAUAAUGUUCGUGCUAUACGUCGUGAAAGCAUUAUUCUUUCUCAGGAGCUCCGGACUAAAAUCAUGUUACAAAUUGCUCAAGGUAUUGCGUUUCUGCACUCGUCCACAGAAAACAAAAAGGGUCUGCUACAUCUUGAUAUCAAAUCGGCAAAUAUAUUCCUCGACUCAAAAUUCAACGCUCGGAUUGGAGACUUCGGAAAUGCACGCGAGGUGAAAAGUCUGAAAAACAAACAAAAACCUGAGUGUGACAGUUAUUAUGGAACACGUGGAUAUUUACCAGACCAGAUAUCAACAAUCUCGAAGGAACUAGACUAUUUUGCUUUUGGUGUUACAAUGUUGGAGUUGCUAACUGGUGAAAACCCUUGCAGUGUUGAUUUCGAUCAAUACUGUCAAAUUCGAUUGGAACAGUGUCGUAAAAUAGAACAAAUUGUUGAGCAGCUACAGGAUACCUUGCAAAAGGGAGACCGUCGCCAAAGCGUGUGCAGUACAAAAUGCAAAACACGAAUAAACAAUGUAACUGUUCAUAAAAUUGUAAAAUCUGCAAUUGCAACUCUAAACUGUUCCUGUGAUGAUAAUACGUGCAUUGAAAAGCAAUGUCGAAACAUGAUGUCAGAAACACAUGAAGAAAUCAUGACAAACAAUAUGUGUGAAAGUUGUUUGGAAUUUAAACAAGGUAUAAAAACAAGCAUUUCCGAUCUUGAAAAACUCAAAGAAAAGUUAUUAUGUAGAAGCAGUCAUCCUGAAUGGCUUAGAGAUCUUAAGGAUAAUGAAGAACUCUGCAAAUGUUUUCAUGGCAAAAUGCAUCGAUUGUUUAAGUGGAAGAUCAAUCAAAAUGAGAUAGAUAUUGCACUCAACUGUCUCAAAGUAGUUACAUCUCAAAGCAAUUUUUCAUUUCAAAACGACGUGGUUUCCAGACUUUUGCACAUUGUCCGACUAAAGAAUUUGCGUCGCUGGCACAAACCAACAGCUGAAAACUGUGAGAUAUGUUUAAUAAAUCCCAAAAUGGCAAAUGAAGUAGACAGGGAAAUGUUCGUUCAUGAAAUCUCAUGUGUGUCUAACAUGGUGGUCUGCAGUGAAUGCGCCAAUAGUCAUUACCUUAACCCAGUUGGGUGUCAUUCUUGCGACGAUGGUCAUCCGCUAACUUCUGGGCAAAAUACAGCCGUAAUUUGCAUCGCUGGCGGGGGAAAGGGAGCAGAUAUCUUCCUAAAUGAUGCAAAGAAAGUUAAACAAACGUUUCAAGACAUGUUCAAUUCACCUGACAAAUACCAUUUUCUCAUCGAACAAAAUAAAGAAACAUAUCAGAAACGAUUAGAGCGUGCAAUUGAAGGGAUUAACAAAAAUAAAGAUAUAUCCACCUUAAUAUUUUUCUAUUCAGGACACGGAUCGCCAGGAAUGCUAGAGCCUUCCAAUGCAGAAGUAAUUACAGUAGAUAAAUUUCAAACAUACCUAAAGAGUUUGAAUCAUGUAAAUAAGUUUUUCUCUUAUUUUGACUGUUGCUAUCCAUUUACAAUCAAAGGGAGUAUGCUUAAGUGUGGCUCUGUGAAAAGCUUUCAGUACAAAGCAGCCACCACUUCCGACACUAGUGAAGUUUUUCAGAAAAAGAAACAGAGUGACUUUACAACGCUUUUUCUGCAAGCAUUGAAGCUAAAUACGGAAAAAAUAAAUUGCUUCCAUGUAAAAGACUGUAAAACUUGCAUUCUAUAUAAAGAAAAGUUCAUGGAUAAGCAUUGCUACUUAGACUCUGACGACAUUUUCAGUUAUAUAGAAGAUCAUAGAGUCCAAGGCGUGGACUUUACUCCUUCAAAGGCAACGACAGGGGGUGAAGUAAUAAAGGAGGAUAGGCUGUUUGUUCCAGCAAAUAAACUUGUUAAAAUGCAAGUGCGGUUGAUAUUGCCUAAACAAAAUAUAGAGGGAGGUGAAUUAAACUAUGAUCAAUAUAUAUAUGUCAACCCCAGAUUGGAGUUUAAUGACAUACGCCUUGGUCUUUUCAAAGAUAUGUUCGGAGUUGAUAUCGGAGAAGUCUUACACGAAUACGCAGAUGUUUUGUCUAUUAAAGUUGCAGCGAGAGGCAACGAAUGUUUGAGUAGUAAGGAUUUGUUUGAGAUUUGGACCUCAAAGCAGCUUGUUGAUGUUUCCCUUCGCAAGUACGACGAUAUUAAAAAAGGACGUAUUGGAAUAUUCAUAGAAGUAGACGAACAAAGAAAUCACCAAGAUGGAAUUGAAUUGGUUCUCGGACAUUUGUUUGAUAGUUCAUUUGACUUAAGGAACACGAUUGAUAACAGAGGAGCAUUAACUUUAACGUGUUGUGAAUUCUGCAAGUAUGUUAAAUUGGGAAGUCCAGUCCAUGAUCUUUCAUCGUACUUGAAACAAAGAGACGACUUCGAACAGACCAGUAUUAUACUGACUGUUCCAUUCAACUAUUGUAAAUUCGUUUGUUUCAAACUGAUAGGGGGAACGCCCUGAAAUAAAAAUACAAAACGGUAUUAUCUACGACCCUUUGAUUGGCAAGAUAUUUUGAGCAAAAUAAAAGAAUACCACAUCGGUAAUAACAAGAGUCUGCGGCAAAAAAGUACGUUUUGUCUAGUUUAGCAAUUAUGAUGCUAGGGGUCUGGUUUAUUGAAAAAGGUGUGCAUGCUUUACGGCUAUCUAGUGACAGACAAUGAAGAUGAAAGACAAGUUAAAUUAAUGAUGAUGAUAUGUAUUGUAUACAUUGAUCUCUGUUUUUAUACAUAUGAGAAUGUUUAUGAAUGUAGAUGUAAAGAUGUUGUGUAUGUUUAAAGAUGAUGAUUAUUAUGAUGAUAAAAAACAUGGUCAUUUAUUUUAUGCACCAAUCUGUGUUCCAUAAACUCGUGUGUUUUGUAAAAGUAAAUGUAUUUCAUUGAUGAUGUUCUUGUUGCCACUUGAGCACUGCUUUGUCAGAAACUUGUCGAAAAAUUAAGAUAAGGCUUUAAUAAAAAAAGUUUUAUAGAUGGUCGCACAAAGUGAUCAAACUGAAAGUGUAAAAGACAACAACACUAAAACGAUACAGACAAAUAUGUCAAACGACUGAUUCUAGAGACGUACCCGGUAUGCCAAAAUGAGAAAUUUGGUUGAUCUGCUAGUCAAAACGUAUAUGUAUCACGGAGUGUUCGAAGGUUAAACCGUUAUUGAAUUCGUUUACAUAAAAUCGUUGACUGUUGACUUAUUGACCUUAAAAACAGUUGGGGUCAUCUACACAUGGCGAGAAGGCAACACGAUACGUUGAAAAUAUCAGUAACAAGAUGGAAAGCCCGAUGUCGAUAGAAUUACAAACAGUCAAUCACGAUUAAGCUGUGAGAAAUAAAAUUGUAAUGACUGUACGAAGCCGAUAAAUAUAUUUCUAAGUAAUAUGGCAUUCUGUACAAAUAUUGUCCAUUUCGUUCCAAACGUUGCGAAUAUACACUGAAACUCGAUAUUAAAAUGCAUGGUUCUUUCAAAUGGUUACACGUACAUAGUUCUGGUUUCCAUAACUUUAAUGUAGAUAUUUAUGUUGUUGAUGAACACGUCCCAAAAGGUAAUAUAUAACGUGUUCGCUGCAGUUCUUUCGCUAACACGUACUCAAACUACAUGAUUAUUCCAAAUAAUGUUGUUCGGACAAAGUUUCUCCCCACAAAGUACGAGUUCAGUAUACACAAAACCGUAAGAAAAAUAUUAUUUAAAUAAAGAUCUUUGACAAACAUGGCGUCGAGAUUAAGUGGCCAUUUUGAAUGUGUUUUCAUGUAUUGCGUCUUGUAUAAGGUAAAUUACUACCGGAGACCAUAAAUUUUGGUAAGUGCUUUCAACAUGUGUAUGUGUAACAAAUAUUAAAAACAAAGCCAUUAAUAGUGAGUCUGAAUCUUCAAAAAAUGUAUUCUCUGCUAAAUAGGUGGAAACCUUUUCGAACCAUCAAAUUCUCCCAUAAGACAGUUUGUCGACAUUAUUAUUACGUAUCUUAUCUUAAUUGUAAUGUAACAACCUACUGUUGCCUUAUUUCAAAUGUUUUCGAUUUGCAUGUAAAGCGAAUCUACAUUGAUAAUUUGGUGUGGACACGUGGAAGUCCAUUUAAAGUUUCUAUAUUUGCUUUAUUAGAAACGACGGAUUUUCUUAUCCUAUCACACUGUUGUAAAUAAAUUGAAUCCUUUAUC